AUGAAAGAGAAGUCCAAAAAUGCUGCCCGGACUAGACGGGAGAAAGAAAACAGUGAAUUUUAUGAACUGGCUAAAUUACUACCCCUGCCCUCCGCUAUCACCUCUCAGCUGGACAAAGCAUCCAUAAUCAGACUCACUACCAGCUAUUUAAAAAUGAGAGUGGUUUUUCCAGAAGGACUCGGAGAAGCCUGGGGCCACUCCAGUCGAACCAGCCCACUGGAUAAUGUUGGACGGGAACUGGGAUCCCACCUUUUGCAGACUUUGGACGGUUUCAUAUUUGUUGUGGCUCCGGAUGGCAAGAUCAUGUACAUCUCGGAGACUGCCUCGGUGCACCUGGGCUUGUCGCAGGUAGAGCUGACCGGCAACAGCAUUUACGAGUACAUCCACCCCGCCGACCACGACGAGAUGACGGCGGUGCUGACGGCGCACCAGCCUUACCACUCGCACUUCGUGCAGGAGUACGAGAUCGAGAGAUCCUUUUUCCUGAGGAUGAAGUGCGUCCUGGCCAAGAGGAACGCGGGCCUCACCUGCGGUGGCUACAAGGUGAUUCACUGCAGCGGGUACCUGAAGAUCCGCCAGUACAGCCUGGACAUGUCCCCCUUCGACGGCUGCUACCAAAACGUUGGCUUGGUCGCCGUGGGCCACUCGCUGCCCCCCAGCGCCGUGACGGAGAUCAAGCUCCACAGCAAUAUGUUCAUGUUUCGGGCCAGCCUAGACAUGAAGCUCAUAUUCUUAGAUUCCAGGGUAGCUGAGCUAACAGGUUAUGAGCCCCAGGAUCUGAUAGAGAAGACCCUUUACCACCACGUCCAUGGCUGUGACACCUUUCACCUGCGUUGUGCACAUCACUUGUUGCUGGUGAAGGGCCAAGUGACCACCAAGUACUACCGCUUCCUGGCCAAGCACGGCGGCUGGGUGUGGGUGCAGAGCUACGCCACCAUCGUGCACAACAGCCGCUCCUCCCGCCCGCACUGCAUCGUCAGCGUUAACUACGUGCUCACGGACACAGAAUAUAAAGGACUACAGCUCUCCCUGGAUCAGGUCACUGCUACCAAGCCAGCAUUCUCAUAUGCAAAUUCAGCUCCGACCAUUACGGAUAAUAGAAAGGGAAGCAAAUCUCGCCUCUCGAGCACAAAGUCAAAAUCCAGGACAUCACCGUACCCACAGUAUUCCGGGUUUCACACGGAGAGAUCCGAGUCUGACCACGAGAGCCAGUGGGGUGGGAGCCCCCUGACCGACACGGCCUCCCCACAGCUCCUGGAGCCUGCGGACAGAGCGAGCUCCCAGCACCACGACGUCUCCUGUGCCUACAGACAGUACUCAGACCGCAGCGCGCUCUGCUAUGGUUUUGCCCUGGACCACUCCAGGCUGGCUGAUGACAGGCAUUUCCACAGCCAGGCCUGUGAGGGAGGCAGAUGCGAAGCUGGCCGGUAUUUCCUUGGCACGCCGCAGCCGGGAAGGGAGAGCUGGUGGGGCUCUCGCUCAGCCUUGCCUCUGACUAAGUCGUCCCCCGAGAGCAGAGAAGCGUAUGAGAACAGUAUGCCCCAUAUCACGUCAGUGCACAGGAUUCAUGGAAGAGGACACUGGGAUGAGGACAGUGUUGUUAGCUCACCCGAUCCUGGCUCUGCCAGCGAGUCAGGAGACCGAUACCGUACCGAGCAGUACCAGAACAGUCCGCAUGAGCCCAGCAAAAUUGAAACUCUCAUUAGAGCCACCCAGCAAAUGAUUAAAGAAGAAGAAAGCAGGCUACAGCUGCGGAAAACCACUCCUGACCCACUGGUGUCCAUUAAUGGCACAGGGAAGAAGCACGCUAUCUGUUUUGCAAGCUACCCUCAGCAGCAGCUGGCGGCGGACAUUUGCCGCGUGCCAACAGUUGCCAACACUCCUCCCUGUGAACACAUCCAGCAGCGGGAUGGGAAGAUCAUGAGCCCACAUGAAAAUGACUAUGACAACAGCCCCACAGCACUGUCUAGGAUAAGCAGCCCCAGUUCUGACCGAAUAUCAAAAUCUAGUUUGGUACUUGCUAAGGACUACCUGCAUUCAGACAUGUCUCCUCAACAAACCCAAGGAGACCACCCUGCAGCCUCUCCAAAUUAUUACAGCUCCCACAGGCAGUACUUUGAUAAGCAUGCUUACACACUAACUGGAUAUGCCCUGGAGCAUCUAUAUGACACUGAAACAAUUAGAAACUAUUCACUAGGCUGUAAUGGAUCCCACUUUGAUGUGACUUCUCACUUAAGGAUGCAGCAAGAUCCAGCACAAGGACACAAGGGAACAUCUGUUAUAAUAACCAAUGGAAGCUGA